CAACAUUUUUUGAUCUUUUUCCUUUUCAUAGAAUACCCCUCGCUCCUUUUUAUUCUUUACACACGAAUGUUUCGACCUGCACGAUCAUAUCGGUCUUGGGUUGCCGGUUGUACUGCCGUAGUCGGUUUCUUAUUGUUAACACAUAUACUGCUACUACGACCGACACCCAACAAUACGUCUAGCGUCAGCUGGCAAUCCUGGCUACGAAGACCGCGCGCGAAGCCAUGGACCCUUAGUCGCGACCCCAGUACUAGUAUCAGCAGCAGCAGCAGUAAAUCCUUACCACUAUCAGAGAAGUUCUUGACGUUUCUCCCGCAUUCCGGCCUUCACAAUCAACGUAUUGCUCUCAUCAACGCAGCUAUUCUCGCCCAUGCACUUAACCGCACACUACUAAUGCCAGAGCUUAAUCUCGGCAAAGCUACGUUUUGGCGACCGUCGGGCGAUUUGGCCGAGAAACUUGCGCGUUGUCCCGGCAACAAUUUGAAAACAGAGAGUUGCUAUGACUAUCGUGACUAUGUACCCGUACCAGUCGACGAGAUCUUUGACUUGACACCGCUCCACGAGCUGGGUAUCCGAACGAUGCAACGGCACGACAUGAGCCAGGACUACUUUUUACGCUACUGGGGCAUCGACGAAAACAACGCCGACGAGAUGAUGUACAUACUUGACGACACUACACGAUACUCAUAUCAGAUUCACGACGAGCUAGUAGUGCCCAACGCCACCUUGAAGCAGUUCCAGACACGAGUGGACAUACAAGACCUCGCUAAAAGACAAGAGCCGUUCAUCUUGUUUGGCUCGCUGUUUGGGUCGCAACGAUUGGCACUCACUCGGUCCGACCUGCUCAACAUGCGCGAAUAUCUACGUCAACAAGUCGGCGUAAAACAUCCGGCCGUGCUUCACGAGGCGAAUGAAAUUGUUGACCGCCUCGGCGGGCCCAACAAUUAUUUAAGCGUGCAUCUGCGACAAGGCGACGGUCGAUUUAAAAAGGAAGCCAAAAAGACGACUGACCAGAUCCGCCGCGCCCUCAAAAAAUGUGCACAAUCACACAACAAUGACGGAAGCGAUGGGGAAGACGAAGACGACGAAGAAACCAACUUGGCAGAGUUGCAGCAGCAUAUUGACGAUCGCCCCUUGCUCCUCAAGGCGUGCGUUGCUGCGCAAGGAAAACAGCGGCACCCGAGCCUACGACUCAUUUACAUGGCUACUGACACAAAAUCUCCACGCGAAAAGUUCGCCGAUCUCUAUGACGAGUUUGUAUGUCUAUUUACGCUUAAUGAUUUUCCAGACGUCGUACAGGCUAUCCGUGACACAAUAUCCGACGAAGACCCCUAUUUACGGGACGGAAAACGCUUACUGCCGCUGGUCGAUGGCGAAGUUGCUGCAAAUGCUGAUCAUUUUGUCCCAACGCCGAAAAGUACUUUCUCAGGAUAUAUCCGCCAACGAAACGCCUUAUUUCAUGAGUUGAUUUAACCUUCUACAGUUUCAUGGCGUCUGUGAGAAGCUACAAUCACUAUCACCUUCAUUACACUGUAUAUCAUAUGACUCAAUACAUUCUAUUAAGACAAUACAUUUCAUUUGCAC